GUCACUGCCCGGCGCCGACGGAAGUGCGCUGGCUGCGGGGAAGGGAAAGGUCUCCGGCGGGGACCGGCUGCGCUGCGGGGCGACUUUUAGCCUCACCUCUCACACUGAGUUCAGCAUGGGGGAGAAGGCCGAGCACUAUAAAGUUCCAGAAGAUCUAUUCAAGGGCUUAAAGGUUACAGGUCCUCAGGACACAGGACAAGCCAACCUGACAGCCCCUGACCCCCAAGAUCCAAAUUCCCAGAUCAGGAAGCUCCAAAAUGAUAACAGCGGGCCCCAGGAAGACCAGGUAGAAGAGGAGUGCUUUCAUGACUGUAGCGCCUCCUUUGAAGAGGAACCUGGAGAGCCUAAGACUGAGAGCAAAGUUGGUGAGGACCCCAGUUCCUCAGAGCUAGAUGAGGAAUACCUAAUCGAACUGGAGAAAAAUAUGCCAGAAGAGGAGAAGCAGAAGAGAAGAGGAGAGAGCACUAGACUAAAAGAAGAGGGGAAUGACCAGUUCAAGAAAGGAGAUUACGCAGAAGCUGAAAGUUCCUACAGUGAAGCUCUGCAGACCUGCCCCGCCUGCUUCCAGAAAGACAGGUCCAUUCUGCUUUCAAACCGGGCUGCCGCGAGGAUGAGACAGGACAAGAAUGAGCUAGCCAUCAGCGACUGCAGCAAAGCCAUUCAGCUAAACCCCAGCUACAUCCGCGCAAUACUGAGGAGAGCAGAGCUGUAUGAGAAAACGAAUAAGCUAGAUGAAGCCCUGGAAGAUUACAAAUCUAUAUUAGAAAAAGACCCAUCAGUACACCAAGCAAGAGAAGCUUGUAUGAGAUUACCCAAGCAAAUUGAAGAACGUAAUGAAAAACUAAAAGAAGAGAUGUUAGGUAAACUAAAAGAUUUGGGGAACUUCGUUCUUCGCCCUUUUGGGCUCUCCACGGAAAAUUUCCAGAUCAAACAGGAUUCCUCCACUGGCUCCUACUCGGUCAAUUUUGUGCAAAACCCAAAUAACAAUAGAUAACAGAGCUGACAGUCGCAAAAGCUGCCGGGAAGUCGGGUGCUGCUUGCUAUGUUGAGGGCGAAGCCCUGCAGUGUUCAUCCCGGCCCAGAGGCCCGCUCUGCCCCCGGGGAGAGGGCCCCCCUCUGUCCCCAGGUAGAGGCCCCCUGCCCGUUGGAUUGUCAGGGAGAAGCGCCCUUCCCGCUGAGCUCGGGUCGGGUGUGUGCGCACUGGGCGGUGCCCUGGCCGUCUUGGGGGGGGUGGGGUGGGGAGCCACGCGGCACCCUGAUCUACAGCCUUCUCCCCAGCCCACGAGGCAUGAUGCAUGGGGUCCCCUCAGAGACCCCCCCCACCCGUGCGAUGCUCAGAGGCCGCCGCGCGGGGUCUCCAGCCUUCCCCGACUUCCUCUGUGCUAAUAAACGCUCUCUGUGACAGUCUGGCUGUGUUGUGAUAUCUGUCCCCAUGGCAACAGCAGACAUGGUGGGGGGGGGGCAUAGUACCGGUCUCAGGCAGGGGAGCAGAUGCCACGUCCACAGAAGUGCCGAAAGCUGUAGUCGUC